AUGGACAAAAAGAAGAGAGUCAAGACCGGACAUACAUUAUUCAGUUGUUCAAGCAGGAAAAUGGUCCAGAAGACAAUAAUAUUGGCACUGGCGCUGCUGCUGCUGGUAUCUGCUGCCACUUUUGUGGGUGUGUUUCUGGGCGUGGAUAAGAGGAACCCGCCGGCUGAGUGGGUUUACUUGAAGGCGGCCGUGGCAGCGGAUGCUGGGCCGUGUUCAGAGGUGGGCAGAGACACGCUCUUGAAAGGGGGAUCUGCGGUGGAUGCCACCAUAGCAGCGCUGUUGUGUGUUGGUUUAAUGAAUCCUCAUAGUGCAGGCAUAGGAGGCGGGUUUUUCUUGACCAUCUACGAUGCAGCUACUGAUAGAGUACAGACCAUCGAUGCCAGAGAGACAGCACCACGUAAUGCGACAGAGAACAUGUUUGGGAACAGUACAGACUUAUCCCAGAGAGGUGGGUUGUCCAUCGCUGUGCCUGGGGAGAUUCGAGGCUAUCAGAUGGCACAUGAACGAUAUGGGAAACUUCCUUGGGCGGACUUAUUUCAACCCAGCAUCGAACUUGCAGAAAAGGGAUUUCCAGUUGGUAAGGCCCUGGCCUCAGCUCUGUCCAGACAUAAGAAGACCAUCGAGAGUGACAACAUGUUGUGUGAGGUGUUUUGUGGGGAAAAUGGUGACAUCCUAAAAGAAAAUGAAACCAUUAGGUUCACCAAGCUGGCUAAAACCUACAGAACCAUAGCUGAGGAAGGCGCUGAUGCUUUCUAUGUCGGAGAGCUGGCUCAGAAUCUUGUGAGAGACAUCCAGACAGCAGGUGGUAUCAUCACAAUGGAGGAUCUAAGGGAUUACAAGCCUGUCUUGGAUGAAAAUCCUCUGAGGGUGGAAGUGGGGGAGUACACCAUGGCUGUUCCCAAUGCCCCCGCUAGCGGCCCUGUGCUAUCAUUGAUAUUAAACAUCUUGAAUGGUUAUAACCUCUCCGCUGACAGUAUGGCAAGCACAGAGAACAAAAUCCUAACCUACCAUCGCAUAGUGGAAGCCUUUCGUUUCACCUAUGCAAAGCGAACGUUACUUGGGGAUCGCAAAUUUCUCAACAUAACUGACGUCAUCCAGAACAUGACGUCACGUUUCUAUGCCGACAUGCUCCGUGGUAAAAUAACUGACCACACCACACAUCAUAUCAGCUACUACGAACCAGAGUUUUACCUGCCUGAAAAUCAUGGGACGUCACACAUCUCUGUAGUAUCAGAGGAUGGAAGCGCUGUGGCCGCCACCAGUACCAUCAACCAGUUUUUUGGCUCUAAAGUUCAGUCAAAUUCUACUGGGAUUCUUCUCAACAAUGAAAUGGAUGACUUCAGCUCCCCAUUCAUCACAAAUGGUUUUGGUGUUCCUCCUUCUCCAAACAACUUCAUAAGGCCAGGGAAAAGACCAAUGUCUUCCAUGUGCCCAGCCAUUCUUUUUGACAAAAACAAUAAAGUAAAGAUGGUGGUCGGAGGUUCGGGAGGGACAAAAAUCACUACUGCUGUUGCUCAGGUGAUUCUGAAUACACUAUUUUUCAACUAUGAUCUAAAGAAAGCUGUGUCAGAUCCAAGGGUCCACAACCAGCUGGUUCCCAACAGCACUGUUGCAGAGCCUGGCUUUGACAAAAGCAUCCUGGCUGGUCUGGCAGAAAAGAACCAUGAGACAGAGUUCCUCACAUCGACGGGGGCCGUGAACUUUGACACCUUCGAUGUGACUUAUGCGGGCAAAAGGAUGUCUUCCACCAUCUGAGUGGGCAGGUAGCAGGCGUAACAGUGAACUGUAAAGCUGAUCUGGACUGACAGAAUUUAAAAAGAUGGAUUGGCAAUGAAAACAUUUU